UUUUAACAGCCGGCGUUGAACGUUUUUGGGAGUUGCGUUGUUUCUGAUCGAGGCUCGUUCCUAACCGGUAGAAUUCGUCACACGUGUCGGCCCGACUCGUCCCGUUCAACCUAACGCUACGCCGAAACGCCGGCGAGGGAAUUCGCACAGAAUGAUUCGCAGGUCAAGGAUAAACGUUCGUCCUUGUGUCAAAGCGCCAUUGAGAACUGGAGCUCCAUCACUGCCCAAAGACUCCACGAAACCAAAUGUCGAGACCGUUGAGGGACAGGGGGAUGAAAAGGACAGUACAGCUGUGGCUGCUGUUGUGGCAAACACAGACCAAGGGGAACCUAAUGACCAAACUGGAGAAGGCCCUGUCAUAUCAACCGCAGUCCAGAGAAGAAAACGUUUUUCCUUCAAGCCCAGAGUGGCCCCAGGCCUUACCCGCACCUCUGCUCCAGCAACCGCAACCCCUGUUAAAGCUGUGUCAGAGCCUCUCGUUCAAGUCCCUGUUUCAGACAUCGAUCAACCAGUACCAUCCUGCCAAUCUGAAUCUGUUGUUUCGCUUGGACUACAGUCACCGAGCCGACGGAGGCCCUCUGGAGAAAGCAGACAUCCCGAAACACAGCCAAACGCCACCCCCCCUACGCUUACCCCCUCAACCCCUCAAACAGAUCCUGAAGCUGAGAAUCCACUAGAGCUGGCCCACUUUCCAGAUGAACAAGACAAAAAUAAAGAGUGCCCGCCAGUAAAUCAAACCAAAGAAGUUCCUCCCAAACCACCAGAUGAACACUCUCCCUCCCUGCCAGAUAAGGAGGCCAUAGAGAUCUCGGAGAGAGCCAAGACACUGAUGUCAAAGUCCACUGGGAUGGGACUGUCAAAGCCACCACACACAUCUCUGAACAGACUGCUGAAUGAUCCAGCUGAUGUGCAGAGGUUGAAAAAGGCCCGGAAGCUGAGAGAAUUGCUAAAACAGGAAAUUUGCAAGGAAAAGAAACAUAAAAAGGAUAAGGCACGGGCUAAGGAAUAUGUCACAGACCCUGCGAUAAUGACACUGAGAGAGCUCAUCUAUUAUAUGCCCAUGUCCAACCCCAUGACGUCCUAUAUAGAAGAUUCGUUGUGUGCGAAUGAGACUGAAGUCCCUCCUGUUUCAGUAAAAGACAAAACACCACAGAGGCCUCAAGAACCUGUGAUAAACCAUGAGAUGGAAGAUCUGGAGGAGGAGGAUGAGAUGGAGGCAAACGAUGAGCAGGCUGAACCGAUGGUUGUUCCUCGGGUGAAAGUGGCAGAAGAUGGCUCACUGAUCAUUGAUGAGGAGAGCUUGACAGUGGAGGUCAAGAGAGCGAAAGGGCCAAAUCCAAUAGAGGACAGAGACCCCAUCUUUGAGCGCGGCUCAACCACCACAUAUUCAAGUUUCAGAAAAGGGAGCUACGCAAAACCCUGGUCCGAUGAAGAGACGGACAUGUUCUUCCUGGCCGUCAGCAUGGUGGGGACAGAUUUUUCCAUGAUCGGUCAGCUGUUUCCCCACAGAACUCGAUCCGAGAUAAAGAACAAGUUCAAAAAAGAGGAGCGAGCCAAUGCCUGGAGGAUUGACAAGGCUUGCAGACAGAGGUCCAAAUUCGAUGUAGAGUCCUUCUCCAAACUGCUUCAGAAGAUGAUGGAAGUAAAAAACAGCAGAACUAAGAAACUUAAAUCCCCGAGUGAAACGACGGCCACCAAAAGAACCAGAAGAAAGGCUAAAGGGAAGAAAGCUGUAAGGGAGCUCAGUGAUUUGGAGGAGGAGGAAAAUGGUUCUUCUGAUUUGGAAGAGGUGAGCGGAGAGACAGUGAAUGAGGACAUCUGUAAUAAAGAGGGACCCCCUGUUUCCAAAUCAAAGAGGAAAUCCAGAAGAAAGCCUGAAGACCAGGCAUCACCUGAGCAGCCAGAGGAAAAGAAGACAAAAACAGAUCACAUAACCAGUGAACAAGAUACACAAGGUGAGGCAAGUUUACCUGAAGAUGCAGAGGCAGUAUUGCCUGAGGACCACUCAACUCUUGACAGUCCUGAAAAUUCAGAAUCUGUGAAGUCUGCAAAGGGCACAAUGAACAAACCAGCUCGGCUCUCAAGAACAAAAACGCCCAAAUUGCCCUUGCCAUUGGGCCGUAAAUUGGGGAAGAAAGGCCCGCGACCCUCUAUAAAGGUCAAAGAUGCCACCCCAGAUCCACUAAAAGAGAACACUUGUGAGGAAGCCCCCAAGGAGCCGGUUGAUGGAAAUGCAUCGCUUGUGGGGCCAACAAAGCAGAAGAAACCAGAUAAUGACAAUUCUUCGGAAUCUGAAGGGGAAACCCUUGUUACGCCACCCAAGCCUACAAGAGAAGCAGAGGAGGUGGAAGAGCAGCGUCAUCCUUCAAGCCCAAAGGAAAGCAGUGCUUUUGCAUUUGUGCCGGCCAGCCUACGCUCCCCACAACCUGUAGUGUCAGAGGUUGAAGAGACCUUGGCGGAGCUUGAUAUUUUAACGCAUAUCCCUGAUGUGCUGGGCAUCCCCCAAGAUGCCCUUUGUCCUGAUGCCUCGUGUGAACAGGCACAAGAUGAGUCAGGCACAGCUUCCUGUGAGCAUCACUUGGACCUGCAUGUUGAUGUGAAAGAUUUCCUGUCUGCUGACCAAAUGGAAGCAUCUGAGAAAGACAGCUACAAUGAGGCUGCCCAAACCUUGUUGACCAUUGGAAACGUUACUCAUCUCUCCCAGACAUCACAGAAUCAGCAGGUCACACAAGAUCAUGGAUCAGAGCUAUUGGUGCAGACCCAAGUCUGCUUGAGCCGUUAG